GGUCGUCAUGACGACCGGGCGGCCCGCAACGGCGGCUGGGACGAGUCGUUGAGGCUGUGAGCCGAGUUAGGCCCCUGCGGACCCCGCCCGACCGGGCUGGGCUGGCGCCAGAGAGAGACCCAGCUCCAUCCGAACAGGGACUAUGAGAAAAUGGUCGGGCAAACGAGGAGUAAGCUCAAAGAUGCGGCUUCAGAGCCGGCGCACUCCUCCCGCUCCAUGCCGUCCAGGCGGCGGCGCCGGGCCACCGGAGCUGGGGAGCCGGAGAUGGAGGAGCCGCAGACGCAGGUGGAAAAGCCGCAGCCUCCUUUGCCUGUAGGCGGGGGGAACCUGCCAGGGGGCGCCCGGGGCUCCCCGUCGCGGAGGACCCGAAAUCUGAACGCGCAGAAUUGCAUGCAAAUGGAGGUGGUCUCGAAGACCCUUCUUCUCGGCCGCUUCCAGUUUCUCAAUUGUUUGCUGGAGCAGCUCCGCGACAAGGUGCAGCAGUUGCGGAGACGUCAGGUCAACAGCAGGACCUCCUUCGGCAUAGCUGCCUUUGUGGGAGUUUUGCACUGGAUACAUUUAGUAACACUUUUUGAAAAUGAUCGUCAUUUUUCCCACCUAUCAUCUUUAGAACGGGAGAUGACUUUUCGAACUGAAAUGGGACUUUAUUAUUCCUACUUCAAGACCAUUAUCGAAGCACCUUCGUUUUUGGAAGGACUGUGGAUGAUAAUGAAUGACAGGCUCACUGAAUAUCCCCUUGUAAUUAAUACAGUGAAACGCUUCCAUCUUUAUCCAGAGGUGAUUAUAGCCUUCUGGUAUCGCACAUUUGUGGGAAUAAUGAAUUUAUUUGGGCUAGAAGCUAAGACCUGCUGGAAUGUCACCAGAGUAGAACCUUUAAAUGAAGUUCAAAGUUGUGAAGGAUUGGGAGACCCUGCUUGCUUUUAUGUUGCUGUGAUUUUUAUUUUAAAUGGAGUAAUGAUGGGAUUGUUCUUCAUAUAUGGUGCAUACCUGAGUGGGACUCAACUUGGAGGUCUAAUUACAGUAUUAUGCUACUUUUUCAACCAUGGAGAGGCUACUCGUGUAAUGUGGACACCACCUCUCCGGGAAAGUUUUUCAUAUCCAUUUCUUGUACUUCAGAUGUGCAUUUUGACUUUGAUUCUCAGGACCUCGAACAAUGAUAGAAGGCAUUUUAUUGCACUCUGUCUUUCCAAUGUUGCUUUUAUGCUUCCCUGGCAGUUUGCUCAGUUUAUACUUUUUACACAGGAAUCAUUUUGGAUGCCAAGCUACACAACAUGCUCUUUGAUAGCUUCAUUAUUUCCCAUGUAUGUUGUGGGGUACAUUGAGCCAAACAAAUUUCAGAAGAUCAUUUAUAUGAACAUGGCUUCAGUUCUCCUUUGUUUUGUGUUGAUGUUUGGAAAUCCAAUGUAUUUGUCUUCUUAUUAUUCUUCAUCUUUGUUAAUGACAUUGGUGAUAAUUCUAAAGAGAAAUAAAAUUCAAAGAUUGGGGGUGUCUGAACUCAACUUUUGGCUGAUUCAAGGCUGUGCUUGGUUGUGUGGAACAAUUAUUUUGAAAUUUCUGACAUCUAAAAUCUUAGGUGUUUCAGAUCAUAUUCGCCUGAGUGACCUUAUAGCAGCCAGAAUCCUAAGGUAUACAGAUUUUGAUACCUUAAUUUACACCUGUGCUCCUGAAUUUGACUUCAUGGAAAAAGCGACUCCACUGAGAUACACAAAGACAUUAUUGCUUCCAGUUGUUAUGAUGAUUACUUAUUUUAUCUUUAAAAAGGCUUAUCGUGAUACUUUAUGUGUCUUAUCUGCAAACACUUAUCUAAGAAAACAGCUCCUUGAACAUGGCGAGUUGAUUUUUCACACCUUACAGCUGUUAGCAUUCACUGUCCUUGCCAUUUUAAUCAUGAGGCUGAAGUUGUUUUUAACACCUCACAUGUGUGUUAUGGCUUCCUUGAUAUGCUCUCGACGGCUCUUUGGCUGGCUUUUUUGCAGAGUUCGCUUUGAGAAUGUUAUCUUUGGCAUUCUAACAGUGAUGUCAAUACAAGGUUGUGCAAACCUCCAUAAUCAGUGGAACAUAAUAGGAGAAUUUAAUAAUUUGCCCCAGGAAGAACUGAUACAAUGGAUCAAAUAUAAUACCAGACCAGAUGCUGUUUUUGCAGGUGCCAUGCCUACGAUGGCCAGUGUCAAGCUGUCUACCCUUCACCCCAUUGUGAAUCACCCACAUUACGAGGAUGCAGACUUGAGGGCCCGGACAAAAAUAGUUUAUUCCGCAUACAGUCGAAAAUCUGCGAAAGAAGUGAGAGAUAAAUUGUUGGAGUUACAUGUGAAUUAUUACGUUUUAGAAGAGGCAUGGUGUGUUGUGAGAACUAAGCCUGGGUGCAGUAUGCUGGAAAUUUGGGAUGUGGAGGACCCUUCUAAUACAGCUAAUCCUCCCUUAUGUAGCGUCUUGCUCAAGGACGGGAGGCCUUACUUCACCACAAUAUUUCACAAUAGUAUGUACAGAGUGUUAAAGGUUAACUGAGAACAAGACAACCCAUCACAAGUGUGGGGUUGCAAACAAGUGUGUAGAAAACAAUCACUUUGCCUUAUUUACAUGAGUAAAAAUCACAAGCUUUAAUAAGGGACCCUUAAAAAGAAGGUAAAAAUGAUUUCGAGUUAUUCCAAUGAUUAAAAGGUAAAUUAUUUCAUUGUUUUCUAUUGAAUGUGACCCUUAUUAAGCUUGUUAUUCAAAUGAUUAAAUCAUUUCAUUCUGCAUAAACAAAUGUCCACCUUAAAUUUCUAAAGAAAAAAUAUCUGUAAAAGAACAAUGAAAUUCAGUAAACAAAAGGUGUAUGUAAGUCCUUUUGUAUCCAACUAGGUGCUUCAGAUUUUUUCUAGUACCAGCAUGUACCAGCUCCAACUCUUUAGACCACUUAGAAUAGAGUAAUGCAGUUUCUGAAAUGACACUUCCUUAAAAUCCUGAUGCUAGUCACAACUUCUUUACCUCUGUGAGGAAAUUUGUGUGUAACCAUGUAUCUAUUGAGGUUGUUUUUGCUUUUAUUAGCCCUUGGGAAAGAUCUUUAAUAGCUUUUAAUAUUUUUUUUUAUCAUUUCAAGUUAAAUGUUUUUUAAAAACAACUUAUUUUGUAAUGUUUUGAAUCUCUUGAAAUGUAUUUACCCAACCAGAUAAUAUCUGUAUUUUCUAUUGAUUAGUUCCUAACCAAAGUUCAACAGGUUACUAAUCUGUCUUUAUAAUCCAGUGGAUUUUCUUUUAACAUUCAGGUCAAAUAAAAAUUGCUAUGGUACAUGACCGAAUUUGGGGGUUAAAACAUAAUCAGAAAAGAAAAUCCGGCUAAAUUUAUCAUAUGAGAUUUUUAAGAUCCUAGAUCCUGAAUGAAGCAAAGACAUUUUUCAUCUUGACAGCCCUGUAGCUCACUGGACAUCUUUCUUUCUGAUUACCAUCUUUCUGAUCACCAUCUUUUAUAAUAACAUAUUUUUAAAUCCUCAUUUAUGUUUGGUUUUGGAUGAGGAAACUGAUGUUUUAUAAAUCUUCUCCUAUGCAACAACAAUGCUUUGAAAGUGGGAAAUAGUUACCUUGAAGAUGUUGCCAAAUGCAAAGAUAAAUGCUCUUUCUCUGCUUGAGAGAUAGUGAGUAUGCCACAUCUGUAGUAUUUUUAUAUCUAUCUACUUUAAAUUAAUCAUCUUGGAGUUUUUGUAAUUCCCUUAUGUUCUUGGCCUUCUACAUUUGGGAUAAUAAAAUAAUUCAAUUCUAUAGGUUAGUUCAUGUAUAAUAGGUAGGAGAUUAUAUUCAAGAAAACCAAUAAAAUUAUUUUUUAACUUUUAUAAUUAUAAAAUAUUUUAAUACAGGAUGCAAAACAUCUAAGAAAGCAUGCCCCAUUUUACCAGUAUUUUAAAAUAAUUUGUUUGGGCCUAGGUAUGGGGCAAAGAAGGAAAGGAGACUUAACAUCUAACAUUAUAAAAAUUAAAAUACAUUCUGAAUGAUGUUUUCAUAGGAAAUAUUUUAAAGAAGUUGGUAGAAUUUUUUUUUAAAAGAAGAGCUGCAUUAGCUAAUAAAAUACUGUAUAAGUAUGCUUAUGUGGAUUUAUAUAUAGGAAAGCCAAUAAAAUUAUUUUCAACUUUAAUAGUUGUAAAAUAUUUUAACACAGGAUGCAAAGCAGCUAAGAAAGCAUGCCACGUUUUACUUAUUUUAACAUUUUCAACUAAUUUGUUUUGGUAUGUGGGGCAAAGAAGGAAAAAAGAUGUAAAACCUAGCAUUCAUAAAAUUAAAGUGACACAUUUUUGGUGGAGUUGUCAUAAAAAAUAUUUUUUGAAGAAGUUGGUAGAAUUCAACAACAAAAGGAAGAAUAGUAUUAACUAGUUAAAUGUUCCAUACAGAUAUAAUGUAUUAAUAUGGCUUGUGUUACUUUCCUGUACUAUGUAUAUUUGAAAAUUAAAAAAGCCCUUGAAGAUCCUCUCUGUGUUUUCUAUCUUUUCUCAUCCUUUACCAAGCAUUGAAGUA